GUGGAUCUGAGUGACUGCAGGAGGCAAAAUGGCAUCAAGAGAAGAAGAUGAAGAUUAUGAAGACAAUCACGAAGAUGAUGGUGAUGUAAAUGAUGAGGAGGAGGAGCAUGAGGAUGAGGAAGAAGAUGAGGAGGAGGAGGAAGAUGAAGAUGAGGAAGAUGAUGAGGAGGUAGAAGAAGAGGAGGAAGAUGAGGAAGAAGAUGAGGAUGAGGAGGAAGAUGAAGAUGAGGAAGAGGAAGAUGAUGAUGAUGAUGAUGAUGAUGAUGAUGUUGAGGAUGAAGAUGAGGAAGAAGAUGAUGAUGAUGAUGAUGAUGAUGAGGAAGAAGAUGAUGAAGAAGAUGAAGAUGGUGACAAGAUCUCCGAUAUCAUCGCAAAGGGCUUGAGCGAACUCUCUGUCUCCAAAAUGCCAGAUGAGCUGGUGUGUAAGAAAAUGCGAAAGGAGAUCCGGAAAAUGAAGGAGUCGGGGGUCGAAAAAGCUGUUAUUAUGGCUGGUACAAAGGCUAUGGUGCGUAAAAUCGAGAAGAAAAGACAAAGAAAAAACGCAGGUCCAGCUGGUACAAAGACAACGACGCCUAACACCCAGAAGAAACAAACGAAGAUAAAAGCCGCUGCAGCUGGUACAAAUGCCACAACACCUAAAACCCAGAGGAAAAAGACGAAGAAAAAAGCUGCUGUCGCUGAUACAAAUACUACGAUGCCUAAAGUCCAGAAGAAAAAAACGAAGAAAAAAGCCGCUGCAGCUGGUACAAAUGCUACGACACCUAAAACCCCGAAGAAAAAAACGAAGAAAAAAGCCGCUGCAGCAAUUCAUUAAAUAUUUAGCUCAACAGUUUUCUUUUUAUUAUUAAUGUUUUGUUAUCAUUAUUAUUAGUAAUUGAACCUGAAAAUACAUUGGUCAAUUCUUCAGCACUUUCAGUACUUGUGAUUUACCAAGCCUGAUCACACGAGGAAACGUAACUAUUUUACCUUUCAUACGAAUUCAUACGAAUUAGCCACUAAAUCAAGUUAGGAAAUGUCAUGAGAUUGUGUUGGAUGUACCAAUGUAACAUCACUCUGCAUAAGCAAAGUUGUAGAUCAUUUUAACACCAUAUAUAAAAACAGUUAAAGUUAAAGUCAAAAUGAUUGGCCUUCCUGUGAAUUGUUUUUCUUUUCUCAAAUGUUAUAAACCAAUGUUAGACAUUGACUUGCCUAAUUACCCUAACUUGCCUAAUUAACCUAGUUAAGCCUUUAAAUGUCACUUUAAGCUGAAUACUAGUGUCUUAAAAAAUACUGUGUAAAUAAUACAAUGCUGAAGUCAGAUAUUCUGCUUUGAUAAUGUGCGUUACGUGCUGGAACGCAAUCUUUGUUUUGGUUCUUUUAACCGCCCCAAUGCCAUUUGGGCCAAUAAUAUUUCAGCACCCCUGGGUGCCUUCAUGGAAAACAGCGUGUUAGAUUCCUUCAGCUAGGAAGGCUCUCAAAGCAUGCAUGCGCAACCGAAAAUGCGACCUCUGGUGGACAGUAGCAGACUCUGAAACGAGUUCCACAUGGGGUGGUUAUUAAUUUGCAAAUAAUAUAAAUAUUGCUUAAACACUAGGUGAACAGAUAUACAGUGCAACCCUGUGUGUUAACAACACGCAACAUGUGACGAGAUUUGCAGUGAUCAGCAAUUUGGAUGUUUGCACCAGACAAAACACAACAGAAAUAUAAAUACAGCUAUUCAGGAGAAGAGAAUAGUGCACUUACUGCACUCCAACAAAAGUAUGGUUUGUAAUCUAAUGAAUACAACAUUAAACCUUUCUAACAUUAUUGUAUGUACCUGCUGAAUAAUUGAUAUGUGUUGGCACUGAGUCUCAGUUCUAAAUUUCGGUUUCAAACAGUUUUUUUUAUUUGAUUUAUCUGCUGCUGCUUUCAGUAGUAUGGCAAUAAAUGUCACAUAAAAUGGCAUUCAAACUCUCACAUUAUUAGCACUCACGUCAAUCUGGCAACCUGCACUUGUGUGGACUCAUCAGAGGAGGAGCAGAGUGAAAAUGUGUAUUGAUCUAGGAAUGCAAUACUUAGUUCAACCACUGGGUGUCAAACUUACAUACUGCACGUUUAAACGGGGGAAAAAAGAGGGAGGCUAAUAAUUCAGGAGGGCUAAUAAUUCUGACUUUAACUGUGCAUAUAUGCAAUUGCAUAAAGCUGAACACAAACAAGGAAAUUUUACGCAAGUGCUGAGUGUCGAUGUUUUUGGGUCAGCAUUUGUUGAAUGAAAAUUUUGUUAGCGGUUAAAACUGUGAGUUAAGUUUCCAAGUUUAUUACAUGUUUUGGUAGUUUUGAUUUGCAAAUUAGUAAAGAUAUCUGUCUUUUUGAAUCUUUAAAAAAUGAAUCCAGCAACAGCUAAAUAAUAAUAAUGAAAUAAAUACAUGAAUAACUAAAAAAUACUGUAAAAGGGCAAAUGUUUUAAGCACACUGAUCAAAUAGCAUAAUAAAUUGAUUUGUUGUAGUGCAAUAAAUGGUUAUGGGUUUAUAAGUGUUGUCUUUAAUCAGAUAACAGCUUGUAAUAAUUUCUACAAAGUGGUGAAUUAAAUAAAUUUGGUUUCUUACAUUCAAUAUUUAUUAGGUUUAGGUUCCUCCUUGUUGUGUUUAAUUGGUAUUUUGGUUUGUAUUUGCUCUGAUCCUUACAUCUUCUGCAUUGUUUGUGUCUUUCUAAAUAAAAACUUUUCUGAAAAUCA